AUGAUCGAAGUUCCCAAGGCCAGCUCCCUCAAAGACCUAUUCAGUCUUAAAGACAAGGUCGUAGUCGUCACCGGCGCCUCCGGCCUCCGAGGAAUCGGCCUCGAAGCAGCCCGCGGCUGUGCGGAAAUGGGCGCCAACGUUGCAAUCACAUACUUCUCGCGAGGCGAAGGAGCCGAAGCAAACGCCAAAGCCCUGCAGGAGGAGUACGGUAUCAAAGCUAAAGCCUACAAAUGCGACACAUCGAAAUGGACUGAAGUGCAAGAGCUGGUUGCCAGCGUGAUUGCCGAGUUCGGCAAGAUCGACUCUUUCAUCGCGAACGCUGGCCGCACCGCCGACGCUGGUGUUUUAGAUGGCUCUGUUGAGGACUGGGAGAACAUUAUCCAGGCGGAUCUGAACUCCGUCUUUUACUGUGCUAAAGCUGUUGGUCCCCAUUUCAAGGAACACGGAAAGGGAAGCUUUGUGAUUACUGCUUCGAUGUCGGGCCACAUCGUCAAUUACCCCCAGGAACAGACUUCAUACAAUGUGGCUAAGGCUGGGUGUAUUCAUAUGGCUCGCUCGUUGGCUAACGAGUGGAGGGAAUUUGCUCGUGUUAACAGUAUCUCACCUGGAUACGUUAAUACGGGGUUGGGAGACUUUGUACCUGCAGAGAUUCAGGAUGGUUGGAAUAGGAUGAUUCCUAUGGGUCGCCAAAGCGAUCCUAAGGAGUUAAAAGCGGCAUAUGUGUACUUUGCUAGUGAUGCUAGUACUUACACUACUGGUGCGGAUCUGCGGAUCGAUGGAGGUUACAUUUGUCGGUGA